CGGUCGCAUAUUGUUACUGGACACGUCGAGGCGUUCCGUCAGUGUUUUCAGACGCCCGGGGAUCGCUGCAGGUUGGGCCGGUCUUCAGCUUACGCAGUUACCGGCCACAGCCGCAAAGGAUGACCGGAGCUCUGGGAAAGGUGCUGUGUCUGAGGAAUGAUACCAUUUUUAAGCAAGUCUUUUCUCUAUUAAGGGUCAGAACUUCAGGAGAAAAUCCCAUCUGUUCUGCAGGUGGCAUUCUGCUGAGUUCCAGUCGACACUACAAGACAAAGCCUACCCAUGGCAUUGGAAGAUACAAGCAUCUAGUGAAAGCACAGGAGCCCAAGAAGAAGAAAGGAAAAGUGGAAUUGAGACCCAUUAAUUUGGGGACAGAUUAUGAAUAUGGGGUUUUAAAUAUUCACCUGACUGCAUACGACAUGGCCCUGGCAGAGAGUUAUGCCCAGUAUGUUCACAACCUCUGCAACCAUCUCUCCCUUAAAGUUGAGGAAAGCUAUGCUAUGCCCACCAAAACCAUGGAGGUGUUGCGGCUACAGGACCAAGGCCGGAAAAUGCUCCUGGACUCAGUUCUUAGCAUCCAUGAACGAGUGGUUCAGAUCAGCGGUUUGAGUGCUACAUUUGCAGAGAUAUUCUUGGAAAUAAUCCAAAGCAAUCUUCCCGAAGGAGUCAGAUUGUCAGUGAAGGAGCACACUGAAGAAGACUUCAAGGGAAGGUUCAAAGCUCGGCCAGAACUGGAAGAACUGUUGGCCAAGUUGAACUAGCUCAUUGCAGACCCUUUCAUGUCAGGAUGGGUGAUAAUUGAGUGCCAAGUGGAAGAUCUUCUUGGGUGGUCAAAGUUAAGCAGAAGACCCUGAUCCUAUUUAGAUAUCAUAACUACCCAUCCCCAUUAGCCAGGAAUGCCUCCUCUCUUGUAUGGAGGAGUGCUUGCCAAUUGUUACCACUUUCCUUCGAGCCAACCUAACACAUCCUCCAUCUAAUAAAAAUCUGCAGCUGGUGGG